AUGCCUUCUUCUGCACCCACCUUCCUCUCCAAAUGCACUGUCUUCCCAGACCAAAACUCCACUCUCGGAAACCUCAAACUCUCCGUUUCGGACCUGCCCAUGUUGUCCUGCCACUACAUCCAAAAGGGAUGCCUCUUCACCCAACCCAAUAUUCCAAUCCACUCUUUAAUUCCUCUUCUUAAAUCCGCACUCUCUCGCACACUUUCUUUCUUUCCCCCUCUCGCUGGCCGUUUAACCACCGAUUCCGACGGUUAUGUCUACAUCGCUUGCAACGACGCCGGCGUCGAUUUCGUCCACGCCAAUGCCACCGCCCUCCGCAUCUGCGACCUAUUGUCCCCACUCGACGUCCCUGAAUACUUCAAGGAGUUCUUCGCCUUCGAUAGGAAAGUCAGCUACAAUGGCCAUUACUCCCCGAUUCUUGCUGUUCAGGUUACCGAGCUCGCUGACGGACUCUUCAUCGGCUGCGCCGUCAAUCACGCCGUCACCGACGGCACCUCCUUCUGGAACUUCUUCAACACCUUCGCGCAGCUCUGCAGAGGAGCCAAUAAAAGCAUCCGCAAUAUACCGGACUUCGACCGCGAGUCCGUUCUGAUCUCUGACGCCGUCCUCCGCCUACCGGAGGGCGGUCCCCAGGUCACUUUCGAUUCUCACGCGCCGCUGCGCGAGAGAAUCUUCAGCUUCAGACGCGAAGCAAUUCAGCAGCUGAAGGCCAAGGCGAACAACCGUCGAUGGCCGGAAAACAACAGCACCGCGGUAGAGUUGAUGCGGAAGCAAAACAACGAUCAAUUUCAUCACCCGAAGGAGAAUAACGGCAAGGCAGGCACAAUUCUCGAGAACUGGUUCAAGGUUAACUCAAAUUCGAAACCGCAAACAGUUACAGAAACGGUGGAGAUUUCGUCGUUUCAAUCAGUGUGCGCGUUACUGUGGCGCGCUGUGACGCGCGCGAGGAAAUUUCCUGCUUCGAAAACGACGACGUUUAGAAUGGCGGUCAACUGUCGUCACCGGGUUGAACCAAAAUUGGAACCUUACUACUUCGGGAACGCGAUUCAGAGCGUGCCAACAUAUGCUUGUGCUGGUGAUGUGUUAUCGAGGGAUCUACGGUGGUGCGCGGAGCAGCUGAACACAAACGUGAAGGCGCACGAUGACGCUAUGGUGCGAAGGUUCGUAGACGAUUGGGAGCGGAACCCCAGGUGCUUCCCUCUCGGGAACCCUGACGGUGCAUCCAUCACUAUGGGUAGUUCUCCCAGGUUUCCAAUGUACGAUAACAAUUUCGGGUGGGGGAGGCCUCUGGCCGUGAGGAGUGGAAGAGCCAACAAAUUCGACGGUAAGAUCUCGGCGUUUCCCGGCAGAGAUGGAGCAGGGACCGUUGAUCUGGAGGUUGUUUUAGCGCCCGAAACCAUGGAAGCGCUGGAGUCUGAUCCCGAAUUCACCAAAUAUGCAACGUGUCAGUUAUGA